CCCCACACCCACAGCCCCCUCCUCACCUCACCUCAGCCCCCCCCCCCUCUCUGAGCAGAGUGGGAGCGCCCGGCGCCGCGGCAGCUCCGCCGCUUCGGGAGAGACCAUGUCCUGAGCGGGGGGAGCACCGCAAGCAGCGGGGCCGGGGGGGGGCGGGAGGGGAGGGGAGGGGGAGGCGGUGCGGGGCGGCGGUGCGGGGCGCAGGCGGCUUCCAGCGCUCAGCGGCUGCCUCAGGGACCGAUCCCGGCGGCGGCGGUGAGGAAUAGUUAUCUACUUAGUCUCAUCCUUCAUAUUUGGCAAUCUGAGGAGGAGGUCUGAGCCAGCAUGAAGACAGAAUCCCCUAUGCAUUAGAGAAAAAAGCUCCUAUACGACCCUUGUGUACUAAUGAUGUAUUCUGAUUACUUAGCUUUCUGCCUGACACAGUUCAUUUCAAGGAGUGCACGAUGACAGAGCGUGGCAUUAAAUGGGCUUGUGAGUAUUGUACCUAUGAAAAUUGGCCAUCUGCAAUCAAAUGCACCAUGUGUCGUGCUCAGAGACCUAGUGGGACAAUUAUCACAGAAGAUCCAUUUAAAAGUGGCUCCAGUGAUAUUGGGAGAGACUGGGAUCCUGCCAGCACUGAAGGAGGAAGCAGUCCUUUGAUAUGCCCGGAUUCCAGUGCAAGACCAAGGGUUAAAUCCUCCUACAGUAUGGAAAGUGCAAAUAAAUGGUCCUGUCACAUGUGCACCUACUUGAACUGGCCAAGAGCUAUAAGAUGUACUCAGUGCUUGUCUCAACGUAGGACCAGGAGUCCCACAGAGUCUCCUCAGUCUUCAGGUUCUGGUUCCAGACCGGUUCCUUUUUCUGUUGAUCCGUGUGAGGAAUAUAAUGACAGGAAUAAACUAAACACAAGGGCUCAGCACUGGACUUGUUCUGUUUGUACAUAUGAAAACUGGGCCAAGGCCAGGAAAUGUGUUGUGUGUGAUCAUCCCAGACCUAACAACAUUGAAGCAAUAGAACUGGCAGAGACAGAAGAGGCUUCAUCCAUCAUCAAUGAGCAAGACAGAGCUCGAUGGAGAGGCAGCUGUAGUAGUGGUAAUAGCCAAAGAAGAUCUCCACCUACAACCAAACGUGAAUCUGAGGUGAAAAUGGACUUCCAAAGAAUUGAAUUAGCUGGAGCUGUUGGCAGCAAGGAAGAACUUGAGGUUGACUUCAAAAAACUAAAGCAAAUUAAAAACAGAAUGAAGAAGACUGACUGGCUGUUUCUCAAUGCCUGUGUUGGAGUUGUAGAAGGUGAUUUAGCAGCUGUUGAAGCUUACAAGUCAUCAGGAGGAGACAUUGCCAGGCAGCUCACCGCGGAUGAAGUUCGGCUGCUGAACCGCCCCUCUGCUUUUGACGUGGGGUACACGCUCGUCCACCUGGCCAUACGUUUCCAGAGACAGGACAUGCUGGCAAUCCUGCUCACAGAGGUGUCACAACAUGCAGCCAAGUGCAUUCCUGCCAUGGUGUGCCCAGAGGUCACUGAACAAAUCCGUCGUGAAAUUGCUGCAUCUCUUCAUCAACGAAAGGGAGACUUUGCUUGCUAUUUUCUGACUGACCUUGUAACAUUUACACUACCUGCAGAUAUUGAAGACUUAGCACCCACAGUCCAAGAAAAGUUAUAUGAUGAAGUACUUGAUAGAGAUGUUCAGAAAGAGCUGGAAGAGGAAUCCCCCAUUAUCAACUGGUCAGUGGAACUGGGUACACGUUUUGACAGCAGGUUAUAUGCACUUUGGAACCGAACUGCAGGGGAUUGCCUGCUUGAUUCAGUCCUGCAGGCCACCUGGGGCAUUUACGACAAGGAUUCAGUGCUGAGGAAAGCUCUUCACGACAGUUUACAUGACUGCUCACAUUGGUUCUACACACGCUGGAAAGAGUGGGAAUCGUGGUAUUCCCAAAGCUUUGGUUUACAUUUCUCACUGAGAGAGGAACAGUGGCAGGAAGAUUGGGCAUUCAUCCUCUCUCUUGCAAGCCAGCCUGGAGCAAGUUUGGAGCAGACACACAUUUUUGUACUUGCACAUAUUCUUAGAAGACCAAUUAUAGUUUAUGGAGUAAAAUAUUAUAAGAGUUUCCGAGGAGAAACAUUAGGAUAUACCCGCUUCCAAGGUGUGUAUUUGCCUUUGUUAUGGGAACAGAGUUUUUGUUGGAAAAGCCCCAUUGCUCUGGGCUACACCAGGGGCCAUUUCUCUGCUCUGGUUGCCAUGGAGAAUGAUGGUUAUGGCAAUCGAGGUGCUGGUGCUAACCUGAACACUGACGAUGAUGUUACUGUCACUUUUCUGCCACUGGUGGACAGUGAGAGGAAAUUAUUGCACAUUCACUUCCUUUCUGCUCAAGAGAUAGGUAAUGAGGAGCAGCAGGAAAAGCUGCUACGGGAGUGGCUGGACUGCUGUGUGACAGAGGGAGGGGUGCUGGUGGCCAUGCAGAAAAGCUCCCGGCGACGCAAUCACCCCUUGGUCACCCAAAUGGUGGAGAAGUGGCUGGACCGGUACCGACAGAUCCGCCCUUGCACCUCCCUGUCUGAUGGUGAGGAAGAUGAGGAUGAUGAUGAUGAAUGAUGAUGAAGAAGAAGAAGAAAUUCAAAAGGAAACGACCAGCACAGAGUUGUCUGACCCCUCCACCUCCCCCCAGAGUUAGGGUUGUGCUCCAGCAGUUUGUUGUGGAACGACUGGAUUCCAGGGGAUACGUGCUGUAAAGGAGUUUUCUGACCAGCAUGGAGAGUCUAGAAGCUCAUCUGCUGUGUGAGGAGAGCAAAAUGGGCUGGACUACAGUUUGUAUAAAAAAACAAAGAAACAAAAAACGGCUAAUUUUAUUAUCAAGACAGAAAAACAAAACAAAACAAAAAAAAACACCCCAUUUCUUUUUCUUUCUGAUUGUAAAUCUGUCUAUAAAUGUACCGCAUGUGGUUGUGUAAGAGGUUGUGUAAUAGGAAAAGUAUACCAGCAUCUUAAUUAUUGCAAAGAAAUCUUUUCAAAUAAGGGCACUUAGGAAAAAGCACGUGAGAUGGGUGACAUCUCUUCCCUCUUGAGAUCCUUUGACAGCAGAACCUAGGAUUCUCCAUCACCUUUUAGAUACUCUGGCACAUUUCUGUGAAAGGCCCUUUUGAUGUGAACGCUCACUAGUGCCCAGGUCAGAUUGUGAGGUUUUUUUUUUUGUUUGCACAAAAUAUCCACAGCAAGUCAUAAGUAAGAAUACAUUCAUUACUAAUAAUUUAGUUACUCCUGUGCCCAGAUAAUAAAAUUUAAACUGCAGAACAAACUGGAAGAGAAGCUAAAUUUUUCAUUGAGUGAAAUGAUUUGUUUCCUGAAAAAGUUUUGGGUUUUUUGCUUUUGGUUUUGAUUUUUUUUUCAUUUUUUUUUUCUUCUAAUAGCUACUAGAUUCCUUUCAGUAUAUGUAAGAAUAUUUAUUCAGAGAAGUGACCUAAACUAUAGGGGGUUUAUUCCAAGUGAGCAUAUGCUAAACAAAAAUUGUGUGAAACUUGAGAACACUGAGAAUUUCCUAUUGUCAGAACUCCACCUUGCUGUGAUCCAAACCCUGCAUCAUUUCAUCCUUUAUUCUUUCAACUUAACACUGUUGCAAAUGCAAAAAACCUUUUUAAAGGGGUUACUCCUGGGUCAUUAAAUCUAGUGAGUAAACACUUGGAGGUUCUAAUUCAACAGAAGAAUCUAUGCUGAAGUUAUUUUCAAAGCACUGUGUUAUAUAUUUCUCAGUAUGUAAACCUGGGAGUUUCUUGCAUGUUGAUUGAUGUGGCCAUACUUAAACCUAUGUAAGUUCCUAAGAUUGUAAGUUCAGAGUAUAUUCUCCAGUAGAAGUUUUAUUAUAUUUGAUAACUUUAGCCAUGUAACCUGUAAUGGAUAAAGUUUAUCUAAAAAUCUCACUGAAACACUAAAGGUUAAUGCCAGUUUUUACACAUACAGUGCAAUUCAGGGUGUCUUGAAAAGCACUUUUUGAUGGUGUGGUGGUUGAAUAAGAAAUUCUGCAGUUAGAUAAAAUGGUUUUAAUUAGAAUUUGGAAAGAAGCCCCAUAGCACAUAUUUUUAUGUAGUUCAGAGCUAUGGAAACCCUGAGGAACUUGCUGGUUUUUCUUCCAAAUGCUGCUUGGAUGGUGUUGAAAUGUGCACAACUCCUACAUAAACCUGGUGACGACACCGAAAGUAUCGAAAUAAUGAAGUACUGUAUUAAGUUUGCAAUUUCCCCAGCCUAGAUUCCACUGAGGUUUAUUAUGAAAUGUCUUUUUUUUUCUUUUUUCCCCCUUUUUGGGCCAUUGGAUCUCCUGAUUGGUGCAUGUGCAGAUUCCCAGGUGCAAGGAUGCAUGCUUACCUGCAGUGUAUGGAUCAUCUCCCUGAACUGAGCAGGCAAACUGCAGACACUAAAGAGGCUCUUCACAAGCA